AUGUUUCUGUGGCAUUCCCUGCAAUUCUCACGAUGGGGGCACCUAGAUUUGCUUUCGCGAAGUGCCCCUAGCACCUACCAACGGUUUCUGCAAUCUAGCAUUGAACGAGCCUCUGCACAAGGAUAUGAUGGUGCCCGCUGGGGGAAAAUGACAGAUGAUACGGGCCGCAGUGCCCCUGGCGAAAUCAAUGCUCUUCUUAUCUGGCAGCAACCGCAUGUGAUGCAUUUUGCAGAAUAUUUCUACCGGGAGUCUCCUCAUAAGAAGACACUCGAAGAUUGGGAUGAAGUCAUUAGCGCCUCUGCGAACUUUAUGGCAUCGUACGCUUGGUGGAAUGAGACGACGAAGGUAUACGAUUUGGGACCUCCCAUGUACCCUGUCAGCGAGAAUACCAACCCCAAUGCGACGCUCAAUCCGACAUUCGAGCUAGCUUACUGGCGGUUUGGUCUGGAGAUCGCAUGUAAGUGGAAAGAGCGUCAAGGUCUCGUAGCUCCGCAAAAAUGGUCUACAGUGAGGGAUAAUCUUGCCCCGCUCCCUAUUAUCGAUGAUGCAUAUGCCGUCUACGAAGGAAUCCCUGAUAUGUGGAAAAAUGGAAGUACAACAUUGCAGGAUCACCCCGCCAUGGCCGGUAUCUAUGGUCUUCUUCCGCCUCCCUCGGACACCGCAUUGUUUAACUUGACUAUUAUGAAACGUACAGCUGAGCUCAUCAAGGAUAAUUGGGAUCUAGAUGACUCUUAUGGUUGGGACUUUAGUAUGCUGGCGAUGAACAGUCUACGUUUGGGUGACGUGGAGCAAGCCAUAGCUUACCUCUUGGAUCCUUUGUUUGCAUUUGACGAUGCAGGGUAUCCCGAGGGAGGAAGUCGAGUUCCAACGCCAUAUAUGCCCAAUACUGGGGGGCUUGUUACUCGCUGCUGCCAUGAUGGCUGGUGGCUGGGAUGGAGACGAGGGUCCACAUUUCCCUUCCGGCUGGGAAGUAAAAGUUGA